CCCGCCACCAACGCCGCUGAGGGAUGCUGCGCUCCACGUCCACAGUCACCCUGCUCUCGAGCGGCGGCUCCAGCGCUCCCGGGGCGCCCAACAGGAGGGCAAAUGUCUGCAGACUACGGCUGACCGUACCUCCUGAAAGUCCAGUGUCUGAGUCAAGUGAAAGGAAGGCUGAAAGAAGAGAGAAGUAUCGUGACCUGAGCAAUGGUGAACCCACCAUGAAACUCCCUCAGGGUGUUGUCUAUGGUGUGGUGCGAAGAUCAGAUCAAAACCAGCAGAAAGAAAUGGUGGUGUAUGGGUGGACCACCAAUCAGCUGAAAGAAGAGAUGAACUACAUCAAAGACGUAAGAGCUACUUUGGAAAAUGUACGGAAGCGAAUGUAUGGAGACUAUGAUGAAAUGAGACAGAAGAUUCGACAGCUCACCCAGGAACUGUCAGUUUCACAGGCUCAGCAGGACUAUCAGCAGAAUUACAUCCAAACCCAGUCGUCAGCCCUGGACAGUUUUAAUACCAUGAACUCGGCUUUGGUGUCGGACUCCAUCGGCCUGCAGAAAACCCUUGUGGAUGUUACUUUGGAGAACAGCAACAUUAAGGAUCAAAUCAGAAAUCUGCAGCAGGUAUAUGAAGCCUCCAUGGACAAGCUGCGGGAAAAGCAGAGGCAGUUAGAGGUAGCACAGGUUGAAAACCAGCUGCUGAAAAUGAAGGUGGAAUCCUCCCAAGAAGCCAACGCAGAGGUGAUGAGAGAGAUGACCAGGAAGCUGUACAACCAGUAUGAAGAAAGGCUGCACGAAGAGCAGCAGAGGCACAGUGCCGAGAAAGAGGCGCUCCUGGAAGAAACCAAUAGUUUUCUGAAAGCCAUUGAAGAAGCCAAUAAAAAGAUGCAAGCGGCAGAGAUCAGCCUAGAGGAGAAGGACCAGAGGAUCGGGGAGCUGGACAGGCUGAUUGAGCGCAUGGAGAAGGAACGCCAUCAACUUCAACUCCAGCUCCUGGAGCAUGAAACAGAAAUGUCAACGGAAAUUAACAAUUCUGACAAAGAAAGGUAUCAGCGGCUGGAGGAGGCAUCAGCCAGCCUCCGGGAGCGGAUCCGACACCUAGAUGACAUGGUGCAUUGCCAGCAGAAGAAAGUCAAGCAGAUGGUUGAGGAGAUUGAAUCACUAAAGAAAAAGGUGCAGCAGAAACAGCUCUUAAUACUGCAGCUUUUAGAAAAGAUAUCUUUCUUGGAAGGAGAGAAUAAUGAACUACAAAGCAGGUUGGACUAUUUAAUAGAAACCCAGCCCAAGACUGAAGUGGAAACCAGAGAGGUUGGAGUGGGCUGUGAUCUUCUACCCAGCCAAACAGGUAGGACUCGUGAGAUCGCAGUGCCUUCCAGGAAUUAUACGCCAUACACACGAGUCCUGGAGUUAACCAUGAAGAAAACUCUGACUUAAGCACUUGGAGACGUGCAAUUUUCACUGAUGGACAAAGGCCCUGGAACCCUGCAGCUUGAAGUCUGGAAAGGGUGACUGAUGCUUCGUCCUAUACACUGUUUAAGCUGCAGUGGAAACUGCUGAGGUUCUGAUCUACUUCUAAAACAUGAAGGAGAGUGGAGGGGGAGUGGGAGGGGGAAGGUAGGAGAGAGAGGUUUCAAGGUCAUAUUUCAAACACCCAAAAAGUGUAUGUACCCUGCUGUACUGGGCCGUCAUUAGCUUUCCAUGCAGACACUGAGUCCUAUCGGGAGAAUUCCCUCACUAUUUUCUGUUUUACUAGACUUCGGCUGGGAGGAAACAAGGCAUUAACUUGAAAUUUCAUGUUACUUAUUGCCAGGAUCAUUUGUUACAGCAUGAAGGAUUUAUUUACCCGUGGAAGUAUUAGAGGUGGUGUUUCUCUGCUACAGGGAAGCCUGUCCGCAGGAGCACAGGCACAUGGGGAAAUGUGACCCUGGGAAGGAAGGGGCAGGUGCCGAGGACCUGUGCAGGGGUGUGGGAGCCUUGGCUGCAGCUGGUGUGGGCAGACACACUUCAUUCUGACGUGCUAAACCCCUUGGUUUACUUUGUGCCUUAUGCCUUUAUGGAGCCAGCUGAAAUCACUGUAUUUAUUCAACCUGUGAUUUAUUUUUUCUUUCUUUCUCACUUUAACUGAAAGAGAAUUUUGUACAUUGUGGAAACUUAAUCACUUAAUGUUUUCAAUAUCAAUUGGUGUUUUUGUUAAAGGAAUGAAUGAUGUGUUCAUGCAUGCUCUACUUUGAUAUUAUAACCUAUGUCACAUGUUUAAUAAAUGCCAUAUAUUUUGUUCUA